ACAUGCACGAUUUUUAAAUUCGUAUUUUAUUCUGAUUCUAAUUUAAUAUUUUUAGAGAAAGAAAGCGCACACGCGCACACAGAAGUAAAGGAUAUUCAACUCUGAACAAAAAAAUCUUAUUAUGGACUCCAGUUGUUCAUCACCGAGGGAGAUCCCCUCCGUGUUGAUCUACACGCCGUGUUCUGUUGUUUCUUGCUUCGUCUUGUAUCCGUCGUUAUUACUGUAUUAAUGCUGUAGGUUACCCCCCGUGUUGUUUUCUUUUUAUCCUGUUAUCAUGGAAGAUUUCAAGAUUAACGAAGACUUUGCUAAGAAGUAUAACAAAUACCGACAAAAAGAAGAAUUGCAAAAACUGAAAAGUCGUUACGGCGAUGUAUCUUCUGACAGCGAAAGUUCAGAAUCUGAGGAUGAAAAUGCUGAAGCAUUAACACCAGGGUUGGAAAGAGAUUUUCUCAGAACACUUGCAUAUCUUAAAAAUAAAGAUCCAGCAAUAUAUGACAAAUCUAAAAAAUUUUAUGAAGAGCAUGAAAGCGAUGAAUCAUCAGAGCCUGGAGAAAAGAAAAAGAAAAAUGUGAAACCAAUGUUUUUGAAAGAUUUUGAAAGAAAAGUUAUCUUGGAAAAUGAAGGAAAGUUUCUGGAAGAUGAUGAGGAAUAUAAAAGACAACAAGAAAAACGAGAAACUUCACCAAGUUAUCAGGAAGAACAAUUAAAGUUGAAGGAAGAUAUGAAACAUGCAAUUAGUGUGGCUGAUAUAAAUGAGAAUGAUGAAGAUGGGGAAGAUUUACUUGUUAAGCGAAAUAAAUCCAAAAAUGAAAAGGAAAAAGAAGAAGAAGAAUUUCGGAAAUGGCUCAAAACUCCCGAAGGCCAAACGAGUCUCAAUGUGUUAGAUGAUAAAAAUAAUGAAAAAGUAGCAAAAAUGAAAACAGUUGUUAAUGAAGUCAAGCCACUGAAAGAAUAUUGGACUGACCCAAAACUUGAUGACGGGGAGAAAUUUUUAAGAGAUUAUAUUUUGGAGAGAAAAUACCUGGAUCCUAAUGCUGACGGAACGACUCCAACCUAUGAUGAGAUUAUUGGUGCUGAUUCGGAUGAAAAUGAAAUGAGUGAUACUGAAGAUGAAUUGUUUGAAACAAAAUCGGAAAAUUUUGAAAGAAAAUAUAAUUUCAGAUAUCAAGAAAAUGACCAAGAAUUAAUCAAAUCAUAUCCAAGAACUAUUGGAACUUCUGUGAGAAGAAAAGAAGAUACAAGAAAAAAGAAAAGGGAUGAAAAGAAGACAAAAGAUGAAGAGAAGAAAAGAAAAAAGCAGGAGGAAUUAAAACAACUGAAAUUGCUUAAGAAAAAAGAAAUUCUUGAUAAAAUUCAACAACUACAAGAAGCUACAGGAAAUAAAGAUUUGCAAUUUAGUGAAACUGAUUUAGAAGUAGAUUUUGAUCCUGGGGAAUAUGACAAGAGAAUGCAGGAAAUAUUCAAUAAAUAUGACAAUGAUUACGCUGUGGAAGAAGAAAAACCUGUUUUCUCUGAUAUUGAAGAAAAUGAUUAUGAUAAUUACUGGGAUGAAAAUUAUUAUGAAGGUGAUGAUACAAAUCCAGACUGUGAAAAUCAGGAUUUUGUUAUGGAUUGUGAUUAUGAUCCAGCAGAACAUCAACGUAAAAAAGAACAGAAGAAAAAUAAAAAGAAUCCGUUGAAAGAUGCUGCUUCUGACGAUAAAAAAAGAAAGAAAUCUGCAUUUUAUGAUUCAGUUUCUAAACCAAAACCAGAAUUUGAUCCAAAUGAAAAAUCAUUCGAAAAAUAUCUUGAUGAAUAUUAUGCAUUGGAUUAUGAAGAUUUAAUUGGAGAUUUGCCUUGCAGAUUCAAAUACAGACAAGUCAUUCCCAAUGACUUCGGCCUCUCUACUGAUGAGAUUCUAAUGGCAAGCGACCGAGAGCUCAAUUCAUGGUGUUCGUUAAAAAGAGCAGUUCAGUAUCGUAAAGAUGAAGAUGAACAAUAUGAUAUCAAAAAAUAUAAGAAAAAGGCGAGCAAUGUCUGGAAGAAAGCAAGAGUUCUGAAAAGUGUUUACAAGAUGCCUGGUGAAGAAGAGGAAGAAGGAAAAUCAUGUACAGCUGAGAACAAUAAUGAUCAAUCAACAAGUAAUGAAAAUACAAAGAGGAAGAAAAUGAAUUCAAGGAAGAGAAGAAGAUUAAAAGAAAGGGCAGAAAAAAUGAGGUUACUAGAAGAUGACAAUUCUGAACCACAAUUUGCUGAGAAUUCACAAGAAAAGUUGAAUGGCAAGAGGAAUGACUUGUUUGAAACAAAGAGAACAAAAAGGAAACAGGAUUAUAGCGCAAAUAGAACUUACGAUAAAGUUGCAAAACUGUCUGACGAUAGAUUGAAGGCAUAUGGACUACAGCCAAAGAAAUUUUUGAAGAAAAUGAAAUAUGCUAAUAUGAAUGGUAACAGUUGAUUGAAAUUUCUAUUUGCUGUGAAUAAAUUCUCAAUUUAACUGCUG